GUGAAGACUGCCCGAGGCGAAGGAAAUGCUCCCUCGCGUGGGGCAGAGUUUACGGAGGAAUGAACAAUUUUCCAACAUUUUUACGGUGCAUAAUCCCAUCAUCUGACUCACCCAAUCAGUGACUGCGCUGACGGGAUAACGUAGUUGGGCUGCUGAAUUCGGAAGACUCGGACGCAGGUCGUGGUUCGAGUGCACUGCUGCGGAUUGUCUCGAUAUUCAAGAUUUGCAACAGCGCCGAUUGCACCGCAAAUUGAGCCUCGGGGAGUAGAUCGCAAGAGUGACGAGAAUGAGUGCUUUGAGCCUUGCAGGCUUGGGAGGGCUGAGCACAUCGUCGCCUGCACGGCUCUCAUGGUGCGAGCGAGGAAGAGUGGGGAGAACCGUGCAAGUUAGGGUUGGAAAUGUGGUCGAUUCUCGGAGGAGGAAGUCCUUGACUGUGCGAAAUUCGGUGGAAGAUGCUGGAGAAGCGGGGAGUUAUUCUCCGCUGGUGAAAAUGUGCGGCAUCACGACCCCGGAGGAUGCUGCGUUUGCAGCUCAGGCCGGAGCAGUUUAUGUGGGCAUGAUCGUGUGGCCGAAUUCGAAGAGGAGCGUGAGCUGGGGCCAGGCGAGGGAGAUCUGCGCCGCUGCCAGGGAAUUCGGAGCAGAGCCUGUGGGAGUCUUCGUAGACGAAAGUGCCGCACAGAUUGAGAAAGCCUGCCAUGCCGUAGGGCUCUCUUUUGCGCAGCUUCAUGGAGAGGGUGCGCGCGAUUCCGCUUUGCAGCUUCCGAGAUCCCUGAAAACCAUUUGCGUCAUGCAUGCUGAUCACAAUGGAAGCCUUCAAACCACGAUCUCUCCCCAACUAGAGAGCAUUAUUGAUUGGGUGCUCGUUGAUGGGUUAGAAGGUGGAAGUGGUUUGAAGUUUGACUGGGCUAAUUUCAGAGUGCCGGCCAUAUGCGCGAAGAAGGGUUGGCUUCUAGCUGGGGGCUUGACACCAGAAAAUGUUGCGCUAGCUGUGUCCACUUUGAGGCCCGACGCCGUCGAUGUCUCCAGUGGGAUCACGGGUCCUGACAACAUUCGCAAAGAUCCCAGACGAAUUCUGGCCUUCAUGGAGGCUGUGAGAUCUUCAGCUCGUGUUACAGCUAAUUAGGUCAUCGAAUUCAAUGCCUCCAUUUAUAAAUCCUCCUGGUCCAUCCAUCCUCGAAGACUUGGAAGACGGGAAACUCAGGAGGUCAAGAGAUGGGAAACGUGCAGAGUGACGAUGCUUACUAUCGAUUCUUUCCUUGCUCUGUACCAGAAGAAUCCCCCAGCAGCUCCACUUCGAGUAGGGUGGAACUCUCUCUCCAGACAAUCUCGCCCUACAGGAUGUCGUACAGAGCUGUUGGCUGUACUCAUGGCCACCGCCGAUUCUGUCUCGUCCAAGGCUGCGUCACUGCUGAAGUUUCGUCGCACUCCAAUCCUCUACAGUCAUGAGUGCGUCAUUUUGGUACGCACUAGGGGUUCAAUGCGUAAUGAAAGUCUAUGGCAUCGUUGCUAUCUCUCAGGCUGGAUUACGAUUUUCGCUUUCCACACAGUUCUUUGUCCUAAGGAUGGGCAGAACUGACGAAUUUGUUCUAAACAGUGCAUUUGCUCUGGAGAGUCCCUAUAAAUAAAUUGGAUUUCUUCU